AUGCAGGACUACGAGCAUGCGGUGUCGUUCUUGGGGUCGUGGGGUCCGUUCCAGAAGAGGGUCUUCAUCCUCCUCUGCUUCCUCUCAUUCCCUUCCGGUUUCAACGUUAUGUCCGUCAUGUUCCUGCUGGCAGACCCCUCCCACCACUGCACUGUACCCCUCCACUGGAACCUGAGUCAGGACUGGGUCCAGGCCAGCAUCCCACUACAGCAGGUGAAUGGACACAAGGAGAAGAGCAGCUGCAGCCGCUACCCUCUGGACCUGAUCCAGAACCUGUCAGCGCUGGGGGUCCAGCCCGGCUGGGACCUAGACCUAAACCAGUCUGCUCUGGGAGGUGGUCCUGGUCCAGUGGGUCUGAGGGUGGAGGGCUGUGAGGAUGGUUGGAGCUACAGCGCUGAGUUCUACCAGUCGACAGUGGUCACUGAGUUUAACCUGGUGUGCUCUGACCAGUGGAAAAAGCCUCUCUCCUCUCUGGCUUACUUCGUGGGUGGAUUAUGUGGAUGUUUGUUUUCUGGACAGAUCUCUGACUGGUUUGGUCGUAAACCCGUCGUGUUCGGCUCCACCAUCAUACUCAGCGUCUUCAGCGCUGCCAUGGCGUUCGCUCCAUCAUGGCCAGUUUUCACGCUGCUCUACUUCGUGGUCGGCCUCGGUCAGAUCACCUCCUUCAUUGUGGCGUUUGUACUGGGUUCGGAGAUCCUGGUGGGCGGGCCCAGAGUCCUCUUCUCCUGUCUGUUUCUCCCGGUCUUCUACGUUGCCGGGGAGAUGCUGUUGCCUGGCACCGCAUACCUGGUCCGGAACUGGAGACACCUGUCGCUGGUCAUGGCAGUGCCAGGCCUCGCCUGCAUUCCCCUCUGGUGGUUGAUCCCAGAGUCUCCUCGCUGGUUGGCAUCCCGUGGUCGUCUCCAGGAGGCGGAGCUUGUGCUGAGGGCGGCAGCAUUGGAGAACCGGGUGGACGCCCCGAGUGUCAUCCUGCAGUCAGUUGAGAAAGCAGAACCUGAGAAGGCGGAGUCUCUGAGUUUCAUGGACCUGCUGAGGACCAAGAACGUCCGCUUCACCACCCUCAUUCUGUGGAUCGUCUGGUUCUCCAACACCGUCAGCUACUUUGGCCUGUCCUUCAACCUGUCCCAUCUCUAUGGAAACCCCUUCCUUAACUAUUUCCUGUUGUCGGCCGUUGAGUUGCCUGGCUACGUUGCCAGCUGGCUGGCGGCGCGCAGUCUUCCUCGCCGCCUACAGUUCAUCAUGUUUGCCCUGUUGGGUGCGCUAGCGCUGCUCCUCAUCCUCAUCACUAUGGACAGUCAACCAGCCGUGACCCUGACCCUGGUGCUUCUGGGUAAAUUUGGCGUCCUGGGCGCUGCCGGGGGGAUGUACAACUACACCGGUGAGCUGUAUCCGACUGGCAUCCGGAACACAGCGAUGUCGUCCUGCGCCAUGUUCGCCAGACUGGGCUCGGCGGUGUCUCCGUACCUGUUACUGCUGGCUGCGGUCGACCCCGUGGUGCCAUGGGUGGUGGUGGGUUCACUGUGUCUGCUCAGUGUCGUUCUCUGCAUCCUCCUCCCUGAGACAUUCAGGAAACCGAUGCCCGACAGCGUCCAGCAGAUGGGUCACAUCCAGAGGUUCAUGUUCCCAUGGUGCUCUGCUCCUCCAAAGGAUGAUGGGAAAUGGUCUAAAGAACAAACAACUGCGCCUGAGAUCAUCUGCACGACUCGACUAUAAGAUGAAUCUGAAACUAAAAAGGGAUGGAAAAACUGUACAUCAGACAAACACAGGCAUGAAGACAGGU